UUAACUAAAUCUUUUACCUUAAAACGGUUUGAAGUGUUUGUUUUGUAAAAAUAUUUUUUAAAUUUCCGAUAUGAAAUUUGUUGUUAUUCCUUUGUUUGUGAUUGGCUUCGUAGCAAUGACUACGGUACUUGCUGAUGAAAGACCAGGAAGCGACAUUGCUACGGCGUUGCAAAGUUUGCUCGACGGUUUGAGUACGGCCGUCGCCAAAGGUGACAUUGGUGUUGUUCAUGAGACAUUACAAAAGGGGAAAAAUCAACUCACUGAAUUGAUACCAAAGGUCGAAUCGCAGAAGUCGCGUGAAGUCAUCAAAAUAGUCGAGAUCAAGCUCGAAGAGUUGAUUAGCAAAUUAUCUGCCAACAAGGCCAAUAUGGAUGACGUUCGUGCAUUCUUGAACGAUGCCAAAGUGAAAUUAAUGCAACGCUUAGCUGAGAUAUCCAAUUAAAAGCGAUGAAACGAUUCGGCAUCGCGGCAUUGUUACACUUUGAAACUAAUCCGUCAACCGUCCGUUAAUAAUGCAAUCAAUUUAGGUUUGAAUGUUCUCCAAAAAAUUGCACAAACUUUCACCACCUUUUGAAGGAUUUUUCGCACAAUUCUUAUGCAAAAUAGUUUGAUGUCAAAUCAGAAUUAUAAUUUUGAACACUUCUUUCUUUGAUCCUGGCAAAAAAAUACCGUUGAAAAUGCGUAGAUUAUCUAUCAUGCCGGAAGAUGGGAUGUAAGAAAAUAAUAAUGUUCUAAUAUGUUAAGAUCUUGAUAAUUUUAUCAACUUAUGAAUGUGAAUAAAAGAUAUAACAAAUCCAAUUUGAUGCAAAUGGCGCGUACAAAAAAACGAAAACCAAAAACAAACACGAUCUAUCAACACAUUAUCAGUAAAAGUCUCUUGUAUUAGAUGUAUCGAUUUGAAAUUGCUUUUUUUUUAUCAAACAGAUAAUUCUUCAUAAAAUGACAAAAACUUGUAAAAUGAAGAAAUCAAAAGUGAAAAAAAACUUUAUGCUCUUUCGAUUCAUAUCUAUAACUCAAUUAUUUUACCUAAUUUGCCAUGUGGUUGUUCAACCAUAUAUUUUACAUGUAACCAAGACGAAAUAGAAAAAAUGCAAAAAAUUCAGAAUAGAGCAAUGCGAUUAAUUUUAAACUGUGAAUAUCGUACACACCGAGAAUGGAUGUUAAAAACCUUAAGUUGGCUAAGCAUUGACCAGAUGAUAAAAUUUUAGGUUUUAAUUUAUAUAUAAAAAAUGAGAAAUGGGCUUCUCCCAGAAUAUUUAAUUGACAACCUAAUUUAUACAAUAGACACACCUCACAUCAGAAACACAAGGCAGAGAACAAAUAAUGAACUAAGACCAAAUUUUAAAUAUGAAAAAAACCAGGAAGAAUAUAUUCUAUUAUGGAGUCAAAAUGUAUAAUGAGCUUCUAAUAAAUAUAAGAGAAAA